UAUGAGAUUUGGUCGUGCUGAAAUACUGAUCCGAUUAAUGCGUCUGCGUGGAUCUGCUGCGUGUUUUCCGAUGCAUCUAGGCAUGAGAUGAGGCUUUGCUUUCAGGAUUAGGAUUUGCUUCGGGGAAUCGGCCAAUCAUGUCUUGGGUCGCUUCCACGCGGGUCCCCCAACGUCGAGUUGUUAGGAGCAUAGCAGCGAUGUGGACGCGAGGCUAUGGAUUUUACCCCGUUUGUAGCAACUCGACGUUCGACGUCUCUGCUGCGGUGCCAGCGUAUACGUGCCUACAUGUCUUCAUGCAUGCAUGAAGCAUCUGCUGUCUUGAUUUGUAGAGCUUGCGCCUGAGUUUCCUGGGAAGCUCGCUGUACAAACCAGCGCGCUGUUGGUGUAUUCAGCUGUGUCCUGUGUGCAUGGGCAAACUUGGGCUGCUUUACAACUAUUAAUGUUGUCACACAUCUGGUUUUAUGAGGGAUUGAGGGGCACUUGUAUCUAAAUAUGGAAUCGCAUAAAUGUUUAAUGUGAGUUAUUGUAGAUAUGCUAGACUGUUCAAUAGUUAUUCAACUUAUCGAUACCUGCGUGUCUGGUUGAUGGAGAUUUGUUACUACUGUGCCUGAAACACUGCUACAUUUAAGGUAACGAUGCUGGACCAUAUCAUUGACCCUGAGAGGACUGAACGUAUUUCACAUUAACAUUAUUCCCUUCAGUGUAAUUGUGUUUUCUUGCCCAGUGACACAUAAAUGAGCAAAUAUCGGAUCUUUCCACCAUUGUUUUCGAGUCGCGCGACUAGUCGAUGAGUCACAAAAAAAUGUUGACUCAAUAGUGUCGACUAGCGACUCGAGUCGCGACUAGUCACAACUGCAUGCUCGACUUUUUCUGAGUCGCUACCCCAUAACGACUCAUCGAUUCGAAAACCAUGCUUUCCACAGAAAUCUUCUUUUAUCUUUUUUGGAAACAUCGUACUCCAUGUGAUUGAAUUCCAUUUUCAGUACUCUAUCUGAGGCGCUAAAGUCCAUCCGGUCGCCCGUCUUUGACCGUGAUGGUAUGUUGGCACGUUUUGACGAGGUGGUCUUCGUGAAAAAGUUUGGCGGCUUGCUCGCCUGCUUGGAGGCAGCUAGUCCUGGGUCUGGCAAGGCGAUUGCUUGCCUCCUAGCGGAGGAGGCUUCUACGGACAAAAUCAAGAAGGUGAAGAAGGCUCUCAAGAGCAUAGGCAAGAAGAGUGGCGCCAUUGUUCCUGAUGUCACAAAGACAACAUGGCAAUCACUUGUUAUAGAGAGCGAGAUUCCAGUUCUUGUUGAAUUCUGGGCUUCAUGGUGUGGACCUUGCAAAAUGAUUGAUCCAGUUAUUGGUAAGCUGUCAAAGGAGUAUGAAGGGAAGCUGAAAUGCUACAAGCUCAACACCGAUGAGAAUCCAGACAUAGCAAGCCAGUAUGGCGUCCGGAGCAUCCCAACCAUGAUGAUCUUCAAGAAUGGCGAGAAGAAGGACGCGGUGAUUGGAGCAGUGCCUGAAAGCACACUGAUCACAUGCAUCGAGAAGUUUACCGAGAGGUAAAACGCUGAACGGCCCUCCUCGGCAUUCCAUGUCCAUUGUUCAGUCAGACCAUCGAAAACUCGACGUCAUCUGCGCAAUCUUUCUAUACGUGCGUUCACUUGUGUAGAUAGUAUUGGAAAGUUGCUCUCUGUACCAUCAAUAAAUAGAAUCACAGAAGUGUUAAUGAUAAAAAUCCCAAGGAAGCCUGGUUUCAUUUUGCCAUUCUUUUGGGCUGUAGAUAUGUAGUAUGACGGGACUGUUAAGAGUCAUGUUCUGUAUUAUCAUGUCACAUAUUCCGUCAGUUGAUGUGAUCGUUUCCCUUA